AUGGCAUCCAAAGAUGGUCGUAUCGAUGAGGGGCUAUCAAAACUGGGCAUAUCCGGUCACUCGAGUUUGACUCCUACCACUAGUGUUCUCAUCAACUUUCCAGCUCAAGACCGUCGGCAAACAGCAAAGCUAACUGGAGAACUCUUAUCGGAUAACCACGCGAAAUAUCACUGUUUCUUUAACGAAAGGCGAUUUCAUAAUCACAUCGUCCAUCACCUAUUGGCGCUAUAUUCCUUAGGUGCUGAUGGGAAGGCUAUCCAAGCUUCCUAUGACCGCGAAGUUCCAUCUCAAAAACCGAUUGCUGGAGUAGAUAACGAAAAAAUUACUGUCAAAAACUGGACCUCGUUCCUCGGUCAAGCCGAGUAUUACAAGAACUAUUUGAACUUCUUCUGUGAAGAAAUUGAAAAUAAAGGCGCGGUUGAGGCCAUCCAGGAGUACAUCUUUGGAAACCCGGAUAGCCAGAUGUUGAACCGAACUUUCUCGGGCGUUCUGCACCCGCUCAUCCAUUGGGGAUACGGUCUUGAAUUCAAGCUUGAUGGGAUCGUGGCGGAAGGGCUGGCGAUUACUGCUGUCCAUGGGGCAAAUCUUUCCAACUUGAAACUAUCCGAACUUUUGACGGAACAUGCGACUCACGGAGCUCCCAAGCGACAUCACGGUGAUGGUAACCAAAAAGGAAUCGAGCCAUCUUUUGAUUUUCGAUGUGAAGAAAGCCACAAGAUCUAUAAGCCUAGGACUGGGUUAUCUGCUUUCCAGAUCCUUCACAAGAUAUCUCAAGAAGCCGACUUGGUGGACCCAAUCUUUCAGACUUACGAUACCAGAGAGCAAUUUUCCAAGGCAGCCGAACACCCAGCGUUGGUCCCAUGGUUCAACAAGUGGGAAAUUGCAGCUGAUUGCGAUUGGAAAGAAAUCCUUGAAAGGACUAAAGAGCUCAUAUGGAUGGUCGCCGUUAUCUAUACGACCAGUUAUGACCAAGAAAAAGGGAAAUUUGCAUUGAACUUUUUUCUCAUGCAUCUAGUCACUUCAUCGCUCUUCUUACCGGCCAUAUUACCCCACAUCGACGAACAACUGCGCCCCAUUUUGCUGAAGGCUUUCUUCAAGACGGCUAUUUGUAUCUGGGUAGGGCAAGGAAGAUAUGAAUUACGAAUCUCUGAAUGCAUGAAAGAGCCGUCCUUCAUCAUGGUACCCGAUUCUCAAAGUCCCGGAAAAGCAGAUAAUCCGUGGUUCAAAGUGUUGGCGAGCGCCGCCAAGCAUCCUGAUGAACAUACCACCAAGAUUAUCCGCGCGUUAUCUUUUAAUGCAAACACUUAUGGAGAUAGCCAACCUGGAUAUUAUUCCUGCGAUUUAAAAGGCUCUGAGCUAUUGGACUCGACCCUCUUUCUCAGGGCUUCCAUCAUGACUCUUAACAAAAUAUAUUGGUCGGGAGAAGGAGCAAUGGACUCGAAAUGGUACUAA